CACAAAUAGCACCGAACACUUUUCCUCGGUUGUUUUGUUGUUUGUUUUCCUUUUUCGAUUGUGUUUAUUUAAUUGCUAUUUAACCAUGGACAAAUUAAAUGAAAAUGGUCGAGAAAAGAAGCAAAUCAAGCUGGGAGAAAUUGAUACAGGACCCAUAUUGAUAGCCCUGUUACUUGGCUUCAUAGCUGUCGCCAUCUUUGUUAUACUCCGUCGACGUUCGGCUGGACGUCGCGACUUUCUUCUAACCGGUUUGAGUGAAUCGGGCAAAAGUGCCGUAUUUAUGCAAAUCGUCCAUGGUAAACUACCCGAGACAUUUACCUCGAUUAAGGAGAAUGUUGGUGACUAUCAUGCCGGACACUUGUCCGCUCGUCUAGUCGACAUACCAGGCCACUAUAGAGUGCGCGACAAAUGCUUCGAGCUCUACAAACGCAAGGCGAAGGGCAUCAUUUUUGUGAUUGACUCCGUGACAGUGCAAAAGGAUAUUCGUGAUGUGGCUGACUUUUUGUAUACCAUAUUGUCGGAUAGCGCCACACAACCGUGUUCCGUGCUGGUCCUUUGUAAUAAACAGGAUCAGACGACAGCCAAAAGUGCCGUGGUUAUUAAAAGUCUACUCGAAAAGGAAUUGCAUACGGUGCGCGAUACGCGCAGUCGUAAACUUCAAUCCGUGGGCGAUGAUGAAGUGAAUAAACCUAUUACGCUGGGCAAAUUGGGACGGGACUUUGAAUUUGCCCACAUCUCGCAGAAUAUACAAUUCUUCGAGUCCUCAGCCAAGGACAAGGAGUUGUCCAAUUUAACCAAUUGGAUUGAUCGCAUGUUGUGAAACACAAACAAAACAAAAACCACACCAGACAGACAACAAAUUCAAAGGACUGAAUGUAUCCUAAUCCUAAUCGAACGAAUCGUAACUGCGCAACUGAUAUUUAUGUUUUAAUUGCUAAGCAUUUAGCUAAAUUUUAUACGCUCUCCAUAAAAAAAAAAACGGAAAACACACAAAAAAAACGAAAAACUCCUUCCUAUUGAAUUUUCAUUUACAUAUUGUUAAAUCUACUUUUUACACUACUUUUUGUUUAUUCCAUUUUAAUUUUUUGUUUUUACAUUAACUUUACGUGCCUCUUGAGGGACAAGAAAACAAAAUUUAGAUUUAAAUUGAAGUUUAUAUUAUAAUCAUAGCAUUAAUAUUGCUAUAUCUUUUUGAUAAAGAUGAGAUGGGCGAGUAAAACAACAAAAACAACAAAUCACAAGUAAAA